UACCGGUAUCCUGAAUCCUGAACCGCCUUCGGAACUGACAGUCACACAGACAGGUCAUUGACAGUCACAGCAGUCAUCUUCAUCUCUUCUUUCAUCUCUCGAUCGAAUCAUUCAAACUUUCUUUGAGUUGUGGUUUUUCCAUCAAUCAUCGAGAUGGUGAAAGGCCCCCGACGCAAGGGAGGGACACCAUCGGCAGCGCCUGCAGUGGAGGGUACUACUUGUCAGAAGAUUAUCCAUAGGAAACGUUCGGUUGUCCUGAGCGUGCCGCUUUGUUUGAUCUGUGGAGUUGGUCUUGUCUUGGUUUCCGAUUAUGAUUUUUGGAAAGUCUGGUCCAACUCCACCAUUAUUAGUAAUAGCAGUAGAGAGAUCAACGCCGUCAAAAAUGUGACACAACAACAAAAGAUUACUGUAUCAUCAGCUGAACAAUCCAAACCUUCCUCGACACCGGAUACCCAGCCCAAGCCACCCAUUGACAUCAAACAACAGGCAUCCCCACAACCAAAACAAGAGGAUUUACAAGAACAAGAAGACCAACCCAUUCAACAUUUUUUGGAUCUAUCACAACACAACGGCCACGACAAGGAAAAAUUGCUCUUGUUGCUGCGCAAUCAUGCCGGUCUGACGACCCUGAGUUACGAACACUACAAUUUGUUGCCCACUUGGGCGCAAGUGGCAUCCAUGUACGGGGACCAACCACGGCUCCAAGGAGCAACGCCAGAAACGUGUCGAGCUUUUCAAACGGCCGCGGCCACAGCAGGAUGGGGCAAAGCACUCGCCGUGGCGGGCAUGUUCAAUUCCGGAACCAAUUUGUUGGCGGAUACAUUGCUGCACAAUUGUGCCAUUCCGCAACACGAGACCAACAAUAAUCUACCAAAAGCUGGCGAAGGCAUUAUGUGGCAAAUGCCACAAGGAAAACACGCGCCUCCUCCACAACAAGAAGGAUGGUUCGUUGAACGUGGCAAUGACAAGAGUCACAUGAUUUUACCCAUUGUCAUGAUUCGAGAUCCCUUUCUCUGGAUGAAAUCCCUCUGUCACAACUUUUACACGGCCCAUUGGCCCAAAUUUUUGCCCAUCGAUAGUCCCGACAAUCAUUGUCCAGCCCUGUGGCCGACCCAAUACGAACUGGAGCAGUUUCGAGACAAGAAUUUUGGACCCGUCACAGAUCAACUCCCAACAGGAGAUUUGGAAUUUCCACCCGGGACGCCCAAUGAAGGAACGUACCCACUGUUGAAAAACAAUCCACUUCCGGCCGUAGUGCACGCGUGGAAUCAUAAGAAGAAUCAAACGGGUGACAUUCUGCCAUUGACAAUCGACGAACUGCAACUGCACUUUUUCCCCGUGCAAAUCAUUUAUAGCGAGCGGAAACGAUAUCAUCUCUCCAUGGUGCACUUUUACAAUGACUGGCAUCGAGAAUACUACUACAAUCAACAAGAACAAAAUGCUGUGCUGGCUACCAAUCGCAUUUUUUUGCGCCUCGAAGACUUGAUGUUUCAUCCCCAAGCCAUGAUCCAACAAGUGUGCGAAUGUGCCGGCGGACGGCUCGUGGACGAAACGGUGCGGAUACGGGCCCAAUCCACCAAGGAAAGUCACAGUUUUCCUCACGAAAAGGAAAAGGACAAAAAAACCGCUCGCAAUGGAUAUUUGGAAUCCAUGAUACACUAUGGGAAUCCCCUUUUGCGAUUGCAAGGAUUCACACCGUUGGAUCUGCAAUAUGCGGCCUAUUAUUUGGAUCCCAAACUGAUGCAGGAGUUUCAUUACAACAUGCCCAAAUAAAUAGCUCAGCUAGACGGAGAACCGAAUUGUAUUGUAUUUGGAACCGUUGCAGUUUCAAACAGCACUUGUGCUAGCAAAUAAAUAGACUAUGAUACCGGGUUAUGUCACGUUGUAGACAAGCUGCUUUUCUAUAUGCAC